AUGAAGGCGUCAGCGGUUCUCUUCCUCAUUGGCUACCUGGUGGUCCCCAGUGGCGCUGCUAUCUUGGGACGCUGUGUGGUGGCCAAGAGGCUCCGCGAUGGAGGCCUGAGUGGUUUUGAGGGCUACAGCCUUGAAAACUGGGUGUGCCUGGCUUACUUUGAGAGCAAGUUCAACCCCGUGGCUGUCUACGAGAACAUAGAUGGGUUGUACACGGGCUACGGACUCUUUCAGAUUCGCAACCCCGACUGGUGCGACCGGGGGAGGAACCGCUGCCACGUGUCCUGCUCGGCUUUACUGAAUCCAAAUUUAAAUAAGACAAUCGAGUGUGCCAAGAGAAUUGUAAAAGGAAAGCAAGGAAUGGGAGCAUGGCCCUCUUGGACCCUGAACUGCCAGUUCUCCGACACCCUGGCGCGGUGGUUGGACGGAUGCAAGCUGUAG